CGGUGACGUGUUUACUGUGCGCUCACAGCCCCGCUGCAUUUAUGCGACUGAAACAGUUAUGGCGAGUGGCAAAAAAAGCGUUCUGCUCUCAUCUUUAGCAGAUUAUGGAGACGAUUCGGAGCCCGACUCUGACCCAGAACCAGAAGAUUCAGGGGGGCACGUAGGGGGCCUGGUCUACGGCUACGGGGACGACGACCUGAACCGGACGGAGGAUGUUGAAGAUAAAGGAUCUGGAAACGAGGAUAGCCGCGACAGCAACUCGGAUAUGGACGAAUCAGACGAGGGGAGGGACGCAGAUGAUGUGGAGGCAUCAGAAGAGGAGAAGAAGGACCCCAAUGAGCUUGUUGCGCUCUUCUCAGAGAAGGUGAGGAACAUGUCACCCGAUGAGAUCCGAAUCCCCCCAGAACCGGCGGGACGCUGCUCCAUUCAACUACAGGAGAAGAUCUACAAACUGUAUGAGACAAAAAUCCACGGAGACUUUGACACAAACAGCCACAUCCAGAAGAAAAAGGAAUUUAGAAACCCGAGUAUUUACGAGAAGCUUAUUCAGUUUUGUGGAAUCGAUGAACUGGGGACGAACUACCCAAAAGACAUGUUUGAUCCUCACGGCUGGUCUGAAGACUCCUACUACGAAGCUCUCGCCAAAGCCCAGAAAGUGGAGAUGGACAAGCUGGAGAAGGCCAAGAAGGAGCGGACCAAGAUCGAGUUCGUCACGGGAACCAAGAAAGGCACCAACCCUUCCAGCACAGCGGCCUCCACCACCAGCAGCAGCACCACCACCACUGCGACAGCAGACGCCCAGAAGAGGAAAAGCAAGUGGGACUCGGCGAUCCCCGUCACCCUGGCCCAGCCCACCCUCAUCACCACCACAGCCACCCUUCCCGCCGUCGUGUCGGUGACCACCACGGCUAGCGGCACAAAGACCACGGUCAUCUCUGCGGUGGGCACCAUCUUAAAGAAAGCAAAGCAGUGAGCAGACAAAGCGAGCAGAAAGGGCCUCGUGUUGGGUCAUAGGAGCGACGGAUCCAGUCGGAUUGAAGUGUUGAUGCUAAGAACCAGCAAACCCUCUGCUGAACUUGGACUAAUCAAAGCACUGGACUGCCUUCUGGAGCUGGAGCUGUUAUCUGCACCUCUGCAUCCUAAAGCCAAAAUUACACUUCUGCGGUGUCUGAUAUUUUAAUACGUCGGCAACACCUGGAAACUUAAUACGAUUUCAACGGAGCGCGUUCCUAAGCGGACUGGAUAAGGCGAACGGAAAGCUGUUUGUUUUUAUAUCUGUACUUGUAGUGAAAUGUUGUCAGUGUCUCUCGGUUGUGUCCAAACCUUUUUUUUUUUUUUUUUCCAUUUUUGUUUGUGACAUAGUGAACUCCUUUCAGACAAGUUAAUUUUUACACUUCGACAUGUGUAUUGAUUGUACCAGGAAUUAAAGAAGCGAAUGUUGCCUUUUCAAUUUGAAUUUUUUGUUUACCUCUCAGUUCAUUUCCUAAAGAGUUAUGAAGUUUGUUUUUUAGUUUUUCUCCCUCUUAAGAACCGGAUUACUGAAACUCAGGAAAUCUCCUUACCCGUCACUAAAGUUUGCAGACCUUUAAUGUGUUUUUGAAGAUGGUUGAAAUGUUUUAGCUUUAGGUGACUAAAACCACUGGAGAGGUUUUUUCACCAGGCUGUGAGGUUUACAGCCCAGCUGAAGGCUUGGAGCUGAAUCAUUAAUGACAGUCAGCUGAAUCACACACACCUCUGGCUACAAGCUGUGACAGAAGCCAUCCAUUUGGUUCAAGCGCAUGAGCAAAUGUUGGCCUUCUGCUUGUACCGCAACAUGUUUUUGCAGAGUCUGGAAUGCAGAACUGACAG